AUGGGUAAAGUUUACAAGGUGGUGCAAGACUGUGAGUUAAAAGUUGAGUGGAGGAAUCUACUAUAUAAAAACAUUGCGCGUCCCCGAGCUUGUUUUAUUUUGUGGUUAGCAUGCCAUGAAAAAUUAGCUACGAAAGAUCGUUUACACCGGUUUGGGAUGAUUGAUAAUGUGAGUUGUUGUUUUUGUUCGGGAAUGGAAUCACUAAAUCACUUAUUCUUUGAAUGUACUAGUACAAGGGAGAUAUGGUUGGAAGUCUUGGAGUGGAUUCAAAUUUGUCACAUUCCUGGAGAGUGGCACAAUGAGAGGCAUUGGAUUAUCCAACACACAAGAGGAAAGAGUGCAAAAGCUGCUGUUCUAAAAAUGGCAAUCACGGAAACUAUAUAUGAGAUAUGGAAUAUGAGGAAUAACAAGAGCUUUGGUAAAAAUGUGGGUAACACAAAAAUAGGACAGAAAAUUAUAGACACGCUUAUUUAUAGAGGAUGGAAUAACAAGAAGGUUAGGAAGUAUAUUGCUAUCCUAAUGAUGGGAGGAUUAUAG